CUAAAAUGAAUUUGGUCGAUAGGAGUGUCAGAUACAAACGCAGAUUUCGUCCGGAUCGGAUGAAACCUAUAAACGCGGGGCUCUUAGGCGGUAUUUAGAAACAGACCACCUCUUCUAAAGAGAAUUUUAAAUUCUCCAAAAACUGUUAAAAGAUUCUGAAGAAGCAAAUUAUCUUCGCAAGGAAAAAGUGGCAUUGAAAAUGUUCAUCAUAACAAUGAAACACGUGAAAAUGUAAGAACAUCAGAGAACGGACAAGUGAAAACUAUUCUCCAAACGACAUGCCUGGCAGUUUGCUUCUUUCCAAUGAUGCUCGUUCAGAUCUCUCAGCCUUAUCGUCUAAAAGUCUGGAUUCUAAAUUAUCAGCAAAGAAAGUCAGUUUUAAUAAAGCUGUCCGGGUGAAGCAAUAUCCUUGGCGACCUGAAGCAGAAAUACAUUCUACAGAUCAUCUGACAUUACCAAGCAACAGAUUCUGGUUUAAGGUUUACAGAAACCGACAUGAGUCAGCACAGAACAAGCAUUUUGGAAUUCCAUUGGGGACGCCUACUUGGAAUGAAGAAAGUGUUAACUCUACGCACGAUUCUUUAGCUCCAAUCGCUGAAGUUGAAGACCAAGAAAUUGAAAAUAAUACAUUGAGCUCGAUCCAGGAAAAAUUGAAAAGGUACGACAAAUACGGUGAUGAGAAGGAAGAUGAAAACAAUUUCUCAUAUAAUAGUUAUGAAGAUAUAGAUAACCAGCCAACUGAACCACCAAUAGAUUAUUAUGAAGACACAUAUUCUGACCGAAAUACCUAUCUUAACAAUGCAAAAUCAGCAUGGGAAUUGAAUGACACACCAAGUAAUCAGAAUCUUUCACAGAGAUAUACCUUUCAUCCAAAUUCCAUAUCAAACAAUUAUAAUGCUCCACAUAAUAAGUUAAUUUCUGAAGAAUCUGAUUCAUCGAACUUAUCAUUAUUACUAACCAAAGAUCUUCCGAAUGUAAGAUUACCUCGAAUGACGGCGAGAAAUGACCUAACUAGACGGUCUGAACGGAGAUGGAAUGCCUUCGACAAUUCCAAACCGAGAGAACGAAGAUCAAGAUCACAUGAUGACCAUUUUGAUCAUGAAACUAUUUUAGACCUCAAAAAAGCAGACAAAUCGGUUUCCACAGAAGACCUCAAUUCAAAUUUUAGCUUAAUUAAUUCUCCCAAUAGAUUUUUCAAGCCUAGUCGUGACAUAGCUACUCAGUGUUAUGGCACAUUAUCUAAAGACAGAAACGGAGAGAAGCUUAACAGUGCAUCAACACCAUUGUUCACACGUUCACAAUUAAACCCAAAUCUUUUAACUGAUGUCUCAAAUAGAAUAAAUAAUUUUAAGUCAUCUCCUAGUAAAUCACCACUUUACAGCAAUGACAUAAAAGCAGACUCGGUCAUCAACAAAACUUCCAAAAGAGAUAAUAGCUUUUUUUCGAAUGACAAUCGUUUAAACCCCAAAACUAAUAAUCUAACAACUAAUGCUAGCACUUCAAACAGCAGAAACUUCAAUUCGAGCUUCAGGAAAUAUGAUCCACUUGCGAAUAGCGAAAUACAUUCAGAAAAUUCAAAACUUUUAACACGGAGAGAAAAUGUGGUUUCUAACGCAUACAAGUCAAACGCAUCAAAAUCGGAUUACACAAGACAAGACUUUCGGUAUCCAAAUACAUACUUAAGUAGAGAUUCAUUGAAAAGUUUAGAUAACAAUAGAGAUAAACUUUCAUCAACAGUUGGAUAUGUUCGUGGACGUCAAAUACCUCUCACAGAAGUCAACACCAACACAAAUCGUAGAGUCAUAGGCAGGAAUGAAAUGAGCAAUAACCGUUCAGCAGCGUCGUCCAAGUUUGGACGAGGUACCAAUACCUCGUCGGCUUUUAAUGGCACCAAUAAGUCUCAAGAAACGACUGGUAAUCAACAAUCAAAUAAAAAACAUCUUAUUUCCAAUGCAGAAAACAUAAGAGGAAAGAAUACCAAAACUGAUAACUCUUCAUCAAAGAAAUAUCUGUCGAAUAGCAACAACGAAGAUAGUACCAUGAUUGAUUGGUCCUUAUCGGGAUUUCAGCUUGCUCCCAAAUCUGAUAAUGGUAUUAUGUCUGUUUCAGACAGCGAAUGUACAGUUAAUAGACGACCUCCAUUGCUUAUGUACAUACCAGGAGUAAGUUAUCACAAUAGACCAGCAGAUGAAGAUGAUCGACUUUCCGCAUUGAGUGAUAUGUCUCGAACUGAAUUGAGUGAUGGCUUAAGUCCACUGAGCUAUUUCUCCAACAAAGACAAUGGGUUCAGAAGUGAUAUAAGACGACGCUACUCUAUGCCAAAAGAUAGCAAAGUGAAAUGGAUGAAGUGGAAAAAUAAUGCAAAAAAGUAACUUUUUAUUGAUAAAUGGAUAUUUAACUUAUCAAAUUUCGGAACUCAGCUUUGCUAAAAGUGACGUUUUCUGUUUUCUUAAAGUAUAAAAAAAAAAGCAGAUGAGAGAAAUUAAUCUUUAAUGUAUGACUAGAAACUGGUGUGUGUUGUUUUGUACCUCUAACGGUGAUACUAUGGAAAGUAACAAAAUUGUAUUCUGAUGAACAUAGAAAAAUAAAUAUUUUUGU